ACUCCGAAAGCGAGCAAGCAUGCAAUACUACUAAGGGAAGUCUCCCCGCUACUAGCAAUUUUUUUAGGUCUUGGCAUAAAUUAAAAAACGCAAAAAGUACGCGACAGGAAGGCGGAAGAAGAGACAAAUGAAGCGGGUUUGUGUGCUUUUAGAGGGGAAAGUGGCUUUUUACCUUUUUUUUUGACUGGCGUAGUGUGGUGAAUGGGUGACAAGAGGAAAAAAAAGUCUAGAUUUUUAUUAUUUUCCUGGUUCCACGCUUGAUCCUGUCAAAGAAACAUUCAGGCACAAGAGCGCUGCGCACGCUACUGAUUGAUUGAUUCCCCGUUACUUUUGGACCAAACCUUUUUUACCUCUGCAUGAAUUGGUGUUAAGAUGAUUUCUGUUCAUGUGCAGAAAGGACAACAAUUAAGGUUUUCAUCUUUUUCCAUCAUCUGCUGUUCAAGAAAAGCGGGCAAUCUUUUCUCUUAAGCACAGCCGUGGAAAAGAUGAAAACGACUUGGCUAUCACGAAGAGGAUGUACCUCAGGUCCUACUGGACAACAAAUAUGCACAAGCAUAACCACUCAAGAUCAAUGGACGGCUACAGGUAUUGGAUCAGGUUUAGGCGUUUUUGUUGCUUUGAUAGCAUUCGUUUUGUUGUUGGUAUUUCUUGAAAGAAGAAAGAAAAGAAGAGCAUCUCUACAACCUGGAGAUGAAGAAGAUGGAAGCGUGAUAGAUCCUCAUAGGAUCGAUAUUGAUACAACACCUCAAUCAUACUAUGCAGGAGAAGUGGAAAUGCGAAAUGGAAUACUUGUGGAUAAUGAUGCAAAUAAGAAGGAUAACUUUGAUCUUACUUCAGCACAUCUUUAUCCUCCUCCGCCUGCCACGCUCGCGCAAGAUUCGUCAUCCUCUUCUGCAAAAGCAACUCCUUCAAUACGCGAACAAACACUUAUUCGAAACGAUUCAGGUUCUUCACUGAUACCCUCACCGCCACUUCAAACUGGCACUGAUUCUUUGGACAUUCCACCGCCGGCGUACGUUGAAAAGUCCUCAAACAAAUCUUAAUUUCAUUCAUUGUACUAUACCCAACUUUAUGACACAUACAUGUCGCAUUACGUUUAAAAGAGGAGAGACGACCUUACAGCAUACUUUAACUGGAGCAUUCUCAUGUAUAUUAGCUUCAAAUGGAAUCAUAUUUACCCACCUCUAUCUAGUCUGA